UCUCCUGCGACGAGGCCAGCCUCGCCGACGCUGUGACCCCCCGCCGCCCAAGCCGCCGCCUCGACGGCGCGCCGGGCCCCGCGCCACGGGGGUGCCCCGAGGAGGCGCCCCAGGCGCCGGAGCUCCGGCGGCAGGGCGCGCAGGAUCGGCUGGCGCGGGCCCCGCGGGUCCCAGGUCCAAUGUGUCGGCGAUCUCGCACUACCGCUGGCUGGAGGGGCUGCUGCGGUCGAUCGCCGGCGGCACGGGGGCCGAGUUCGCCCGCGAAGGCGGCGCGGGGCAGGGCGCAGGUGUGCCCCUCUUCGUGGUUGCGGGCGCGUGCCCCAACAGCAUGUGCGCGUAAGCACGGGCAUGCAAGCCGUCCUGUUCAGCCAGCUUCCGGGCGGCGGCGUGGACUUCUGGUGGGUCAAGCCGCGCAAGGACGAGGCGGGGCAGCUCGAGCCCAUGUUCCUGGCCCUCCACAGGAGGGGCUCGUUCAAGAACGACCCCGGGAGGAGCAGGCCGAUCUACGCCCCGCUGGCGGAAAAGUUCUCCAGGGGAGCGGAUGGGGAUUUUGUCUUUGGCGUCGACGGCUCUGGGCGAGCAUUCAUCGAAGAGAGUCGGGAAGGGAAUGCGCGAGAGCGCAUGCUGCUGUACCUGGUCUGGCAGGAGGCGUGGAGCGGGGUCUUCUCCUCUGAGAAGUUCAUCCGUGGCAAAAUCCUUUACCAGAAAGGCGCCCCAGGUGGUCUUCAGGAGCCGGGUUCCAACUCUUCUCUCUUCUUCGCGCGCGAGUAUGAGAUCAGGGACGGGCAGCUUACCUUGUCGGCGGUGGGCGACGAGGAGAUCCUUCCGGCAUUGUUGCCGCCAGAUUCUUUCCAGGGCAUGUGCACGGAGUUCGGUUGAACGGCCUCGGCUGGUGCGCGCGAACACCGUACAGGUUCUGCGCGCCCGCCGGCGGACCACCGGGCUUCCAUGAUGGUGGUCUGACUGUCCUCCUCGCGGGGUCCGGAGACUCCUCCGUUCCAGAGCAUCUUGGAAUAUUUGUGUUCACCUGUAGGGUGCGGAACACUUUGGAAGUUAACACCAGAAUCACGGUCGCUGCCAUUAGGCACAUAAGUUUGCCGAUUGACGCAGUGACCUUUAAUUCACGAACCCGAGGCUGUGAUGGUCGCAAUGAAUAUCCUGUUGUCUGCCUCUCCUCAGGAGCAGGAUUGGUUGCUUGCCAGGUUAAAAGAACAGUGCAAAGACUCGUGAUCGUCGCUUCAGGGAUGGGGCGCGCGCAAUCCGAGCAAGUGAACGUGCGCUCCAGUCGGGCGUUGGUGGCGACGGCCCUGACGCUGAUAAUGUCGAAGCCAAAAUCUUGACGACGUUGGUGAUUGUCGUGCUUGGGGCAACCAUAUCGAGACGGGCAGGAAUGACUGGU